CCAACCGUUAGCCAAGUCUAAGGUGCUACACCAGUCAGUUGCGGGAGCUGCAGCAUGCAGCUUUGCUACAAAAAAAAAAUCACCAGUUCUGUUUUCUUCGAAUAAUUCAAAAAUACUUCUUCUCUUCCACUCGUUUUCACAACUCGACCAAACGCUUUCACAGUCGAUACAAUUACGUUAUUGGGGUUUUAUAUAAAUUCGAAACAAAUUACUAUAGCAAUAAGCACAUGGAAAAAAGGAAAUCAAGUAGUUAAGUAAUACUACAUUUCAAUAGGAUUUUGGAUUAUCGACCUAAACUCAUUACUAUUGUAAGCAAUGGAUACCGCCCGGAAGAAAGCCACCGCCAGGCAAACGAUUGCCACGCUAACAGCGAAUCUCGUUACUUUUUCAUACGGCGUUUACUCCGGUUGGCCAGCGACCGUACAACCAGCUUUACAAUCGCCGGCGACACCGCUCGAAGGCCAGCUUUCGGACGACUCCAUUUCGUGGUCGAACAGUUUGGGCUACAUAAGCGCCAUAUUGGGCACGCUGAUUUGGGGCGUUUUGGCGGAAAAGUACGGCCGUAAAGUCACCGGAUACCUGACCAUGGCGCCGUUCCUGAUCAGCUGGGUCGUCCUGCUGCUGACCAAGUCGGAAAUGAGUUUGUUGGUGGCCAGAUUUUUGGGCGGUUUAGGGGGCAGCGGAGCGGCCAUCAACACGCCGAUGUUCGUCGGCGAGGUGAGCGACGAGCACACGAACGCUGCCCUGGGGUCGUUGUUCAUACUCAUGUACAACUUAGGCGUGCUGUACGUGUACGUUUGCGGCACGUGUUUCGGAUACACCAGUUUGAACUCGGCGUGCCUAGUGGUGUCCGUCGUGUUCAUGGUGGUAUGGUACACGAUUCCGGAGUCGCCCACGUGCCUGGUCCGGAAGAACAAACCGGUCGAAGCCAGGGACUCGCUCAAGUGGUUCAGAGGCACCGACACCGACAAGGAGGUGGAAGAGGAGCUGGACUCGUUGACGGUGCGCGGCGACCAGGUGUUGCCGGCCUCGAUGGCCGAUUUCAUGGAAGUGGGCACGGUGAAGGCCAUGAUCAUAGGGUUUAUAUUCCAAACGGGCACGCAGCUUUGCGGUAUCAACGUCAUACUGAGCUACGCGGUCGACAUAUUCGACCAGAGCGGCAGCAAACUGUCGCCGAACGUGUGCACCAUAUUGGUGGGGUUGGUGCAGGUGUGCGGCUCCGUUAUCGGCUGUCUGAUCGUCACAAAGGGCGCGAGAAAGUUGUUCUUGAUCAGCACGUACAGCGCGGCCGCCGUUUCUUUGUACAUAAUGGGCGGCUGCUUCUACGCCACUUCGUUCUACAAGGACGUCAACACCGGACUGCUGCCGGUGGCCUGUCUGUCCGCGCACGUGAUCGCCUUCUCCCUCGGGCUCGGAAUGGUGCCGUACAUCGUCUACACGGAAAUCUUCAAGCCGAACGUCCGCAACGUCUGCAUGUCCGCGCUCAUGUUCUGGAACAACGCACUGGGAUUCGGCGUGCUCAAAGCGUAUCCGUACAUGCAGGACAGCCUGCACAUAUCCGGCUGUUUCUGGCUGUUCGCGUUGGCCUGCACUGUGAUGGCGCCCGUCACGUACUUGUUCGUUCCCGAGACCAGGAACAAGUCGUUCGAAUACAUCAACAAUCAACUACAGCUGUGGUUCUCCGGCUUGGAAACCAAAGCCAAGUCCGUUACCUCGCUGACCGUAAAAAACACCAAAGUCGUCGUGGUGGAAUCCAAAGACAAAAAAGUUUACAUGGAAAACAAUCAAAUAUGUUCGAACGAACCUUGACGGACCUUGACUAGGAAGAAGAAUACACUUACAUUUCGACACGUUCCUCUUAAUAAUAAUUAUAAUAAUUAACGAUAACAAAAAAAAAAGAGAGAGAGAGAGAGAAUUGGAACCCCGAUACGAAUUUAUUGUAGAUUAUUACUUGUUUAUUUUGAUUUUUUUUUUUUAAAUAUUGUCUAUAGUUUUUUUUACUUGUGUUAAAUAGGAAUUGUACAUAUUUUGUUCGAUUAGUGAGAAAUAAUUUUUAGUAUUUAAAGUUUACCUAUAUAUUAUAUGUAUAAUACAUUUUAGUCUGUAAGAAUAACGAGUAUUAUGAUAAUUUCUGGUAAUUAGUUGGAUUUUUUACGUAUAUUAUGUGUAUACAUAUAUUAUUAUUAUUUCAUUGAUGCCAAUUGAUCGUGAUUGACUUAUCCGUCAUUGUCUUUUUACAACUUUUUAAUAAUUAUAAAUGUUUAUAUUUUUUUUCUAUAUAUAUAUUUUUUAUAUACCGCGUGUACACAACGUUAUACAUAACGAUUCUUAUUAUUACUAUUAUUAUUUUUUGUUAAUUUUUUUUUUAACUAUUAAUUAUUUAUAAAUAUAUACAUACAUUUUCUUUUGCAUACAA